UUUAAAAAUUUCACAUGACCACUGCAAUUUUUAAUAUAAUAUUUGCAUCGAGAGCAGUUUGAUUUAGUGAAUUUUCUAGACGAUGUUAAUAAUUAAUUAUUUGUAUUCAUUUGUAUAACAAUAUUUUAACGUUCCCCUUUAGUACUGGCAACCCUGUUUAUUUGUUGUUAUAAAUGUAACCUCAAAAAUACAAAUUUGUUUACAAUUUACAUUUCAAAAAAGGAAAUGCACAUAAUUGUAUUUUAUAUCUCUGCAUUUAUUUUAACGUAUAACUUAUCGUAUAGCGACACAGUGUGUUACAAAGAUGACGUUAAGUGCUCAGAAAAGGAUCAAGCAAGAUAUUUAUUUUAUGAAGUAAACGCUCCGGAAGGUUUCAAUUUACGCAGAGAUGUGUAUAUGCGUUUUGCCGUUCUGCUCCAUCAUAUGCAAAAAUCUAAAAAUCCUUCCCUGAAUAAAUUUAAGUUGGUUCUGCCACCAUGGUCUCAUUUAGUACAUUGGGAAUACAGAGAAUAUCCUGAGAAAAUUCCUUGGGGUUUAUACUUUGAUCUGGACAGUCUGAAAAGGUUUGCGCCAGUUGUAGAAAUGCAUGAAUUUUUCAAUGGAUACAAGAAUAAAUACGUGAAAGUGGUCAUAGAUGAAGUGUACACUUUGCAGCACUUUGAGGAUAUGUUUGAGACGGGGAACUUUGAGGACAGGAUGAAAAUUGAGAAGUGCCAGAAAAGAAAUGAUGUUACAUUUUUCUUUUACGAUAACGUGACAUCUAGUAAUAUUCAGUGUUUAUCGUACCACGGCCCUGCAACAAAACUCGCAGAUUUAUUUUUAAAUACUUCAGCUAGCACAAUUUUAAUAAACCAUGCUGAAGUAGCUCUACACGAGUUUUUUGGUAAUAAAUUAUACUGGCAAGCUCGAAGGAGCAUGAGAUUUAACAACAAAUUGAAGAAAAUCGGUGCUGACUUCCGUAAAAUAUUUCUAAAUUCUACCGACGAAGAGGAUAAUACAGUUUUGCCAGCAAACUGGAUAGAUGAAAAGCCCAGGAGAAACGCAUUUGGUGGUCCAUAUCUAGCGGUACAUCUUAGAAGACGUGAUUUCGUAAGGAAUAGACCGAAUGAGGCUCCCCAUUUAGAUAUCGUGGCACACCAAAUCAUUAAGACAUUGAAUCGAAUUAAUUUAGACACCAUAUUCAUAGCAAGUGAUGGAACGACUGAGGAAAUCAAAACUUUGACAAAGAAGCUCUCUAAAUACAAAGUGUUUAAAUACACGCCAACAUCUGAAGUUAAGGAAAAAUUUAAAGAAGGCGGAAUAGCUAUUAUAGACCAAAUAAUUUGUUCACAUGCAAGACACUUCGUUGGCACCCAGGAGAGUACUUUCUCGUUCCGCAUUCAAGAAGAACGGGAGAUUUUGGGGUUUCCCAUCGAAAGUACAUUUAAUAGUUUUUGCAGUAAUGAGAACAAGUGUAGCAAACCUUCCAUUUGGCAGAUAGUUUAUUAAAUGUUCUGUGAUCCUGGCAAAAAAGCUUUAACGAUCAGUGAAAAUUUACAUUUAAAAGGGUCAAGCUGUAUUUAAUGAUUAAAAUUAAUAAUUGUUGAAAUUACUCUUAAUACAUCGAUUAUAUUUUUGCUUAAAAAAAUUAUUUCAGAUUAGCAAUCUGGGAACACAACUUUUACCCCUAAAAAACCUUGCAUGUAAAAUAAAGAAAACAAAUCUGUG